AUGGGGUGCGCACCCCGUUGGGAGCUGGCGCUGGUGACCGUGCUCGGGCUCCUCCUCGUGCACGCGGGCGUCGCGGCUGCCGCGGCGCCCGACCUGUCAAUUACAAGGUGCCAGGAACUGCUGCAGACCUUGUCCCAAAGCGACGGCGUGUACCAAGGCCUUUCAUUGAAUGGCGCGGUGUUCUGCCCGACCAAUUCGGCCUUGGACAAGUUUGCCAAGGCCCUCAAGGCGGGAAACUCAAAAGCGUUCCUGAAGACGAAGAGGUUUGACCAGCUGCUGCGGAACGUGCUGAGCCACCACACAGUGCCGGUUACGUCAAGCGGAGGUGUGGCGCUUGACGUGUCGUCGGCCUUCAACAGAACUGGCACCUACACCUACAAGGACCUCAAGGGCGGGGCCUUGGAGCUCACUGUCACCAGCCUGUCCCCUCUUACCUUGGGCGUCCUCGGGGGCCUCUCUAAGACCCUGAACCAGCUGCAGCCAGUCAUGCUGGACGCGGCCCCAACCGUCCGAAGUUUCGGCCUCGACCUCUCAGUGGUUGUCUAUGCCGUCGACACAGUGCUGAUGCCGCUCAACACCUAUUUGAGCGUUGACGCGGCGCUUGCUGCCCUUCCCGAGCUCACGUACGUGACCCAAUACCUCAAGCCGUUGCGAGGCCUUUUCAGCAAGAAAGAGUGCACCUUGCUGCUGCCUGUGGAUCUGGCCUGGGAGGCCCUGCUGCCGUUUGACUCGUGCUCGUGGUCGUGGUAUGUCGGCACAAACAGCAUCAAGGACGAUGCCGCGCUGAGGAAACGCAUCAUGGCGUACCAUAUCUACACGGGCUACGCUGACACCGUCAAAAACAUGAUGGGCUAUUCGGCGUUCACUGAGCUGAGGGCUGGCACGUGGUACGACAAGCGGCCUGAUGGAUCAGUCAUCAAGCGGACCCAAGAGCCCGCCUACCUAGACUAUGCGGCUGACGGGAAGACGGAAGUUGCUUACGGCUACCGUAAUUGGUUCUGGUUCUUGAAUGGUUUCAACAUCACCGGUGUUGAUGUCAACAACGGAGCCUACCCGCUGCCGCCCAGCCCCUUCAGCGACAUCCCUGUUUCGCCGAUCCACCCUAUCAUUCGCAACAUCUAUGCGGGUUCCUGCAUCAUCCACGCCAUCACUGGCCGCCCUAUGGUGCCGUGGACGGUCGGAAUCAGCAAGUACGACACAGAGCAGCCCUCCUCGAACCAGCAGCAGCAGUGCUCCGGCCUCGGUGGCCUCUUGGGGGGCGGCAGCUUCGUCGCCCCCGCAGGCAACAGCCGCAGCGGGUUCAACCGCGGCGGGGUCGGCAGCAAGUCGAGCCGCGGCGGCUCUCGCGGGUACGACUAG